AUGUCACGUGAUGCGGUGACGUCAGCAGGUCAGUGAGAGGAAGGGAAUGAUGGACGCAGCAACACUUACAUAUGACACUCUGCGGUUCGCUGAUACCCCGGACUUUCCUGAAACUUCAGAGCCUGUCUGGAUAUUGGGGAAAAAAUACAGUGCGUUAACAGAAAAGGAGGAUCUUCUGAACGAUGUCACAUCCAGACUGUGGUUUACUUACCGACGGAACUUUCCAGCAAUAGGUGGAACUGGUCCAACCUCUGACACUGGCUGGGGCUGCAUGCUGCGAUGUGGGCAGAUGAUCUUUUCUCAGGCUUUGAUCUGUAGGCAUAUAGGACGAGAAUGGAGGUGGGAUAAAAAAACACCAACUGGAGAGUACCUCAGCAUCCUGACUGCUUUUCUAGACAAGAAAGAUAGUUAUUACUCCAUACAUCAGAUUGCCCAGAUGGGAGUCGGUGAAGGGAAAUACAUUGGCCAGUGGUACGGUCCAAACACUGUAGCACAAGUGCUGAGGAAGCUAGCUGAUUUUGAUCAGUGGAGCUCGAUGGCGGUUCACAUAGCGAUGGAUAAUACUGUUGUGACAGAUGAGAUAGAGAGAUUGUGUAGAUUGGGAAGCUGUGACUCUGGGCCGCUGUGUAAUGGUCACACUGGAGCCUCUGAUUCACACCGCCAGUGGAAGCCUCUAGUAUUACUCAUACCCCUUCGGCUGGGCCUAAGUGAGAUCAAUGAAGCAUACAUCGAAACCCUGAAGCACUGCUUCAUGCUGCCACAGUCUUUAGGAGUUAUUGGUGGUCGGCCAAACAGUGCUCAUUACUUCAUAGGCUAUGUCGGAGAUGAACUCAUUUAUCUAGAUCCCCACACUACACAGCCAACUGUGGAGCCCAGUGAUGGAGGGUAUAUAGUAGAUGACAGCUUCCACUGCCAGCAUCCUCCAUGCCGGAUGCACGUAACAGAGAUUGACCCCUCUAUUGCUGUGGGAUUCUUCUGCAGUUCUGAAGAAGAUUUUGAUGACUGGUGUAAGCGCAUUAGAAAGAUAUCACUUACUGCGGGAUCUUUGCCUAUGUUUGAGGUGGUUGAUCAGCUACCGCCCCAUCUGUCCAAUCCUGAUGUACUAAACCUUACUCCAGAUUCCUCAGAUGCAGACCGCCUUGACAGAUUCUUUGAUUCAGAAGAUGAAGAAUUUGAAAUUUUAACUUUUUGAAGAGGAAAAAAGACUAUUUGACUGAUGUAAAGGAUAUAAAAGUGUAAUUAUCCACAGUUAGAAGACUGCUGCUUUUUUGUUCAUUAAAAACGACAAACAUUGCUGGAUACAAGAAUUGUCCAAUUUACCAAGCCCUGUUGCGACCUGUAUUGUAAUGCAGUGCCUAUUGCUAGGACACCCAGACACUUCCAGGAUUCAGUGAAUUGUAAGGAGUCAGUUUUGUUACAUUCCAUGUGCAAGAUGCCCUAAUGGACAGAAGUCUAUUUUGAAGAUGUGGAAGACUCUUAUCACGAUUCAUGGCUGGGUAAACCUUUCUCAUUCGAUUCCAUCAGAGGGCAUACACCUCUUCCAAGUUUACGGGGAUGAAGAAUUCUACAGUAUCGCCUUUAACUGCCUUCAGUGAUGAAUAGUUUCUGUGGUUGUCUGUUUGAUAUAUCUCCAUUGUUUCAGCGUUACAGCGUUUUCCCAUUUAAUAAAGUGAUGGAAUAUCGCUAGGUCCGACUCCUGGAACCCCCACCGAUUAUGAGAAAGGAGGGGCCGUAGCACUGCUGUGCAGCGCCUCAGCCAUUCACUUCAAUGGGGCUUCACUGUGGUUCUCUGCACAGCCACUUGGCCAGGAGCCCCACGAUGUAGGGAGAACAUAAAAGGUUUCGGUCAUACCGUUAUAAAAUUAGGAAAACCCCUUUAAGCCUUGCAUUCAUGAAAUUAUGCAAAUCAGCUGAAAGUAUUCGUUGAUGACUUGUUACUAACUUUCAGUAUAGAAGUUGCCUAGAUAAGUGGAUGUAGCCAUGCUGUGGCUUCAACUAAUUUAUUUUUUGUUAUUAAAAGCUUCUCCACCUGCCUAUAUUUUUAAGAAAUAUCCAAUUAAAGGAAUACUAAUGUUAAAAAGUAAAACAGAUUUUCAUCAAGUUUGUUUCUUUCCAUAUUACAAAUCAAAAGGAGAGAAAAGGUCUUCAUAUGCUUCUCAGAAGACAUGCACUCUCUCUCUCUUAUUCUAUACUUGUGUAACUUAGAAAAAUUUGGUAAAAUUAGGACACCAAGGCUACAUAACUUCCUCACUACCGUCUGCAAUGGAGAUCAGGUAAGAUAAGCUCAACCUCCUGAGCUAGUGCCCAGCUAGACAUAUAGGGGACGUCAAUCUUAAAAUGGAAGCUUUAUAGCUUAUUUCAUUCAAGGUUUAG